AGCAGAAGCAGGAGCAGGAGAAGCAGCUCCUGAAGACAGCAAACCUUCAACAAGGGGCAAGGUUUCAGCCACAAAGAUGUGGGUUCUCCAGGCCUUGGCCAUCAUGUUGAGCAUCCAAGCGGGAACACUUGACCUGGUGGAAACACCCCCAGUGGUGGGCAAUCUUCCUGUUGCCAUGCCUGUUCCACUCAAUCUCCCUGUAGGAGGCCUAAGUCCUCCAGUCCUCAAAGGACCAGUCAACCAUCAAAUGUUACCUCCUAAAAGGCCUGUACCUCCACCCAAAGGUGGCAAGUGUGCACCUGCAGCCAGAUACUUCCUCUCCAGUGACAAACUCCAUGACUACCUCAUGAGCACACUGCCCCCACAGAUUGAGGACAUGGUGAAGUGUGAUGAAGUUAACCUGGAAGGCAUGCUUGCGGAUGUGUUGAACACUGUGGAGAGCUCUGACCUGCUCUCCCUCUUAGAUGGCAUUUCCCUCCUAAAAGGAGGAGAAGGGGGAGGCCUUGGCAUUGGUGGACUCCUAGGCAAUGAAGGCAAUGGGGAUUCCUCAAAGCCCUCAUCAGGCUCCAAGGCCACUGGUGGUCUUGGCCAGCUAAUCCCAGGGGGCAUCCCAGGCACGGAGGCCCUGGGCGGCCUACUAAACCUCGGUGGAGACAAGAGCUCUGGAAAAGGGCUGCUGAAUGGGGAUGGGCUCUCCAAAAUCAAGAAGCCUCUUGAGGAUGCAGUUGAAAAUGUGAGCGGUAUAAAAGAUGCCAUUCAGGAGAAAGUGAAUGAAGUGGUCCCAGAUGGCGUCAAGGAGCCACUUAACGAUGUGCUCAAGAUGGAUAUCAAAGACACUCUGCUCGAACUGAAGGUCGGACAAGUAACUUUGGACGACAUGGAGAUAAACAUGGAAGCUAAUGGCAUGCAAGUUCUCUCCAUGCUUACUGCUACCAUAGAUGGAAAAGGCGUGCUUGGACCAGUCAUCAGCCUACUGCAGUUUGAAGCUAAGAUGGAUGUAAUGACGACAAUUGCUGUUGCCUCCAACAACACCCAGUGUGUCAACCUUGAUGCCCAAGACACCCACAUGCAUGUCAAGGAAAUGAAAAUUCAGUUAGUGGAGACAGUCACAGGAAAAGUGCCUCUGCCUGUGCCUCUGCCCUUGGAUCAGAUCAUCCCAGCAAUAGUGACAGCAAAAAUAAAUGAAAAUCUGGAAAAAUCCAACUCCUGUGCCAUUGUCCUCAAUGACUUCAACAACUGCAAGAACAAUACCGGCUUAUUCAGUUACCAAGUUAAUACUGCCAGGAUCUCUCCAAAAGGACUUGUCAUCCUCUACUGUGCUAAAGCCAAUAUAGGCAACAAAACAGUACCUGUGCCUGGAGGUCGGCUGCCUCCAGAUCCCAAAAAUGCAAGCAUUGCGGUAACCAUUUCCUCCACAACACUGAAGACACUUGUAAAAGAAGUGGCCAAGAAUAGCUCUGUGCAGAUGGAUGGCCUGGAAGCACAAAUCACCCACAUAGCGUUUGCCUCCCAGGAAAACAAUACGCUCAGAGUCGUGUAUAAGGUUGACAUAACAAAGAACGGAGAGCACUUUGCCACUGGGGAAACGAAAUUAUUCAUCUCCCAUGGCAGCAAGAUUUCAAACUCCACACUGAUACCAGAUGUCAAGCUCAUAAGGUCUGAGCACAGUGUGGUGCCUCCUGAGGCUAAGGAAGAAGUAGAAGGCAUUUUGUCUGAAGUAGGAAAGGUGGCCUGGUCCAACUUCAAUGAAACGUAUAAAAAAAUGAACAUUCCUGUAGGUGUGUCUUCACAUACUUUAAAGAACUCCGAUGUCAAAUUGAUGAAAUCAAUUGACCUUCAGGCAGCAAGCUGAAGCCACUACUGAACCCCAAGUACUGAAUGACAGCAAACCCCUGAGAAUUGUCUCCAUGCCCCUUUCAGCCCAUCCUUAUGAUUCAGGAGACAAUAGCAAUGGUCUCCUCAGUAUGCCCAGGAUCCUCUGCCCUGAGUGACAAGGACAAGAACAGUUGGAGGAAAUGGGCAUUGUUGUAAUCAGCUCCUUAAUAAACACUCCCUGCAUGCAAAA